AUGCCUCCGGACAUGUCAGCCCGGGCGGAGGGAGGGCUUCCGGUGUCCAGUUCGCAAAGUGAACCAAAGCGGCGAGAGGCAGAGGCAACAGAGAGGCGGCUGAAGGGGACCCGCAGGAGAUCCAGGUAGAAUAGAAGGUGCGCUGCAGUGAAAAACAAAUAUUGGGAACUGGACUGCGGCGGAAUGAACGAGAGAGGCCCUGGAAAACAACUACACGGGUUGGAAGCAGCGGUCCACCUAUGCGGGAAAUGAUGGUUAAUUACCAGGUACCGGAUGGGCUGGUGGGUUUGUUGCUGCCAUCCUUGUGUGGCCCUCUCUGUGCCACUCCUCCAGGGUUUCGGUCUUUGGGCGGGGCGCCCCUUGAGCCGGUACUCCCGUUAUUUGUAGCCUCUAAUAUUGCUAAAUAGAACUACGACAUUUUAUGAUUCCAUUAUUUGUAUUCAGGCCUAGGUUGUGGGGUGUCGGCCACAACAUAGGCCCAUGUGAAACUAGACCAUUAUUGGAAUAUACACUUUCCUCAUAUUAUGGCCUAGAAGGGGGGUUUAGAGACAUCUAUUCCCCCCGCCCUCCUGAGUAAUUGUAUCCAGUGUGUCAUACCAACCAAAGGGCGGUGGACACUAUCUAUUGACUCAUUGGCUGUGUGCUGUUCUGUCCAGGGCAUACUAUCAGGCAGCUGGAGAAUGAGCUGACAAUGCUAACUGAGAAUGUCGGGCUACUGCAGAGAGUACCAGGACCUGCGAAUGUCAAAAUGGCUUUAGAUGUGGGGAGAUUCAUCUUUAAGGUUGAGAGACAUCAACCCAUCUCUCCCAUAGAUAAUUAUUCUGGACUGAGGAAAACACCCCGGAAAAAAAUACCAUAUAUGUUAGAGUGUGUUCCCUGGAUCUUUUUCUUUGAGAUAACCAAGGGUGUGCACGUUUAUCUAGCCAGCACUAAACACAUCUGAUUUAAACUAGUGCUGGGGUAGGCAAAACUGUGCAAAGUGUCAUGUGAAGUGAGGGAAUUAUACAAAACACAGUAAAUAGUAACAAUGAAGAAAGACCAAUCAAAAUUAAACAGUGGACAUUUUAUUGAAAUAGUUCCGCUUGACCUACAAUGGGGGGGGUGGAGGGCAUUGUUCUUCCCUCCUUUCCUUUUCCCCCCUUUCCCCCCUUUCGUUCCGGUGUCCCCCACCCUUGAUGUCCAUAUUUAAACGAUCAAAUGACCACCAGACCAUAUCACAACACAGAAUGACACUUUAACCUCAUAAUUGGAUAAUCAGAGCACGAUGCACACUACACAGUUGCGCGGGGUUAGCGUUCGCGCCAAGACCCGCAUGAUCUCGGCGAGCUCACAUGAGAUGUGCACCGCCCCUGGUGGUGAUCAGGUCUGGUAUUUACGAUGGGGGCUAACACAUUGGGACAUAUCCAUAUGUAAGUCUGACGGGGUCAUGAACAGGUAUUGCUCUGUCUCCCUAUAGGAACAUAACUCCUGGAGGGUGAGGAGUCCAGUCUGUACACAAUCUCUGACACCCACAUUCUCAAUGCCCUGCCAUCUACAACCAGCCCCCCGUUAACAUGCCUGCCUGGCCCAGGCAGGGAGGGUCCCAUCAGCAGAUUGUGCCCAGUACAAGGUUUAGAGGAUUUUUAUCAUAAACUGAGACCACAAGAGAGGUGGACGAUGUCAGAGAUCGAGGGGAGACAGGCUCCGAGGAGAACAGGAUACGAGGAGACGGCGGGGGACAGGGACGAGUGAGCUUGCGACGAAGCAGGGAGAAGAGAGAGGUGAUGAUUAAAGCUGAUAGGAGGAGUGUGGAAGAGGAGGAUGAAGAGAAAGAGAAAGAUGAAAGUUGAGGAGUUUUGAGUUAGUAAGUGGACGUAUUGAUGUGGCACGCCCCAGAGGAACCACCCGCGGCCCCCCCCGUGGAAAAGAGGAAGAUCUCUAAGAGGACAGCAGAUGGAAACAUUCGAGCGAGCCCUUUGUUUUUGCGGUAGCGAUGAAUGGAGAUGGGAGCGUUAACCCUGCGGAGGGAGAAGAGGAGAGGAAGGCAAGCUGACGACCAGAGAGGGAGAAAAAGGGGGGAGGAGCCAGAUGAAAGUAAAAAGGACAGUAGGAACAUUGAAGAGGUGAAAAGCCAAACGUCACCAAAGGCCCUGAGCUAGUCAAAUCAGCGGAGGCCACCCUUAGAGGGAGGGAGGCCGGGAUGAGAAUGAAAAGAUCUGGGUACACAGACCGGAGGGGGUAGACACCACGAAAAAGUGAGAAAUUAGAAAAAGAUGAAGCACAACAAAACCUGCACGACGACCGCCAAACCAGACCGGUUCCCCCAUGAACGGUGAACGAGCUGCCAACAGAAACAAACAGGAAGUUUCCAAUAAAGGGUGAACCACAGUCCCGCAUAUGGAGGACAUCUCCACCCAGAGUAUUGUCCAGAAAAACCCCCGGUGUUCAGAGGAGAGAAACCAAAAGGAAUUAAUUUAAAGAUUGAAAAAGAGAGGAUCCGCCCCCCCCGGAUAGAUUAGUUGAAGCCCGGAGAAGUCCCCGGUUACCUCCAUCGAGGAGCAAGCAGCAGGAUAGCCCCAAAGAAAAGUCAUCACGAGAGGAAAAGGAGGUAGAUAUGACAGGUAGCAGAGGUGCCGCCCCUUCCCCAACCGACUGGGGCACGAAAACGUGAUGCCCGGACGAAAACGUGGAACAGAAGGAGCACAGAGAGUCAGACACCCAUUCUGCCUCAAGACCCGGUUAGAGUGGAGCUGCGUGGUGAGCACACACAAGAAGCCCAGCAGUGCACAGUGGUGUGAGAACGCCAGAAGAGGGAUCUCCCUUUUGUGAGACGCACUAGAGGAAGGCAUGGAAUCCCCUGAUAUCGUAUGCGAGCUGGGAAGAGCAGUUUCAACAGACGCCCGGCAGUGGCGAUUUGGUGAAAGUCACCAGAUGAUUCUGGGUGUAAAACCCAACGACACCGGAUGACCACCAACAGUAGAAGUGAAAAACAUUACAGGACGAGGAUUCCCAGCACAAACAAGUGAACGGGUAAGGAAGAGCCGUUGUGUGCCCCAAAGAAAUCCUGAAAAGGAGGUGGGUGCAAAGACGCCAAACGUGGGCAACAAGGAGAAUAGUGUUGAAGAAACAGGUGAGCUGAAUGAAUUCGCAUGCAGGUGAAAAGUUCACAAAAAGAUGUCUAAACAGGCUGAGGAAAAAGUCGGAAAAAAAUCUAGUACCUCCCCUAUCCUAAACCAGACCAAAAACCGGUUCACGAGUCAAAGAGAAGAAACAUCCCACUAAAACCAGAACUCCACUUCUUUCACUUACCUUAAAAUUAAUGGAUAACAUCCCCAAAAACAUCGCACCCCCUCCCAUCCGUUCACCCGCCUAAAGAGAAACAUCCAUCUCCCCUAAACCAGACCCCCACUGUCACCCCCAGUAAAGCAGAAAGGAAGAAAUCUACAUCCCCCCCUUGUAAAUCCUGACCCCACUCUCCCCGCUUCGCCUAAAGAGGAGAUUCCCAUAAAACCUAGACCCACCCACUAUCACACCGAAAGAAUUUUACAAACAUUUCCCAUAAACACAGGACCUCUCCCCCCACCCCCGCAAUACUGUCCCACACCACUAAAAGAACAAAUAUCCUCUAAACACAGACCCAAAUGUCACCCCGAAAGACGGAAACAUCCACUAAUACCUGACCUCCACUGUCACCCCUAAAGGGAGAUCCCGCAUAACCAGACCCCCACUAUCACCCCUCUGUAAAGAAAAACAUCCGUAGAACCAGGACCCUUACGUCGAGCCCUAAAGAGAAAAAAUUCCUCUAAACCAGACCGCCAAAUGUUCACCCCCUAGAAGGAGCGAAACAUCCCCUCAGAAAGAGCCAGAGCCCACUGUCAAUCCUCUAAAGAUGAAAAAAUUAUCCUUCUAACCAACCCUCACUGUUGCCUCCUAAAGAUGAAAUAUCUUCUAUAACAGACCCCACUGUCACCCCCACUGAAGACGAAAAACUCCUCCCCGAAAACUAGGACCACCACUGUGAACCCCAAAGCAGACAACAAAACAGUCCAUCUAACCAGACCCCCCUAACUGUCACCCCUAAAGAGGAAGGCGUAAUGCCCAAAACCCAGGACCCCGCCCAUGUCCCGCCUAUAACGAAGAAAUAUCCUUAUACAAGGAGACCCCACUUGUAACACGGUCCUAAAGCCAGGAGACCGCCCGCUCCUAGAAACCAGAAGCCCCCCUACUGUCACCCCUAAAAGUGAGACAUCCCCCAUAAAACAGACGCGCACCGGUCACGCCCUAAAGGAAAAAAUGAUCCUCUAUCAACGCAGACCCCAAUGUCACCCUAAAGAGGAAGAGCAUACCAUAGAACCGAUGGGACCGCCACCCCUGUCACCCUAAAGAAGAAGAAGAACAUCCCCCUAAAGCCUUUGGACCCCCCGACUGUUCACCCCUAAAGAGGAUGAUUCUCGACCAAAUAAACCACGGACCACACUAGUCACCCCCCCUAACAGAACAAAACAUCCCCGUAAACCAGCGGACCCCACUGUACCCCUAAAGAGGACGACUUCCCCUAAAACCAGACCCCCCUGGCACCCCUAGAAGAACAAAUAUCCCUCUAACCAGACCGCCAAUGUCACUCCUCUAAAAGAUGAACUAUCCUCUAAACCAGGACCCCAAUGUUGCCCGUAAAGAUGAAAUAUCUCCCUUUACCAGACCCACUGUCACCCCUGACAGACCGAACACCCUAAAACCAGACCCCCACUGUCAACCCUAAAGAAGAAGCAACGCCCCAUCCCAUAAACCAGACACCGCCCCACGUCACCCCUGAAGAGGAGGAGAGCCCCUAAAACAGACCCACACUUGCACCCCUACCAAGAAGGAAACAUUCCCCCCCCUAACCAGACCCCAAUGUACCCCUAAAGAGGAGGACAUAACUAUAAAACCAGACCCAUUUCAUUGGUCUACCCUAAGAAGAAGAAAGACAUACCAUAAACCCCAGAACUCCCACUGUCACCCUAAAGAAUGACCCACACAUCCCUACAACCAUGACCCCAAUGUCACCACUAAAGACGGAACAUCCACCCUAAACCAGACCCUCACUGUCACACCCCAGAACACCCCCCCCUCAAAAACAUCCCAUAAGACCGAGACUCAACCCUCCACCCAGAAUAAACAACCACCCCUAAACCAAGGAACCUCAACUCCACCCCAGAUCAACAACCACCCCUAAACAGCACUCAAGCCUCCCCCACAGAAUCAGAAACGACCACCCCUAACACCAGACGUCACCAGCAUCGACCCCAGAUGAUCAACGACCACCACACAGGCUAAGAGAUGUGAAAAGAUUCGAGCACAGUGGUCGACGAAAGCUAAGACAAUCAGCAACAUCCAGAGAACAGGUGUCUGCAGUUGCAGGGAUGGGAUUCACACAGGAAGGCGCCAGGAGCAGAGAGCAACACCCCCACUAACCCCAGGAAUGGAGAAACAAGAGGAGAAGGUAUGGCCAGAAGAGCAUGAGAACGGUGUUACAGAUCCCAAAGAUGAAAACCCCAACAGUGACAGCGGAGACCCCUGUGGAGACCAAGUCCUCUGAGUGUAAAACCCGGCUGACGGUCGGGAGAUAUGCUAUUACAAAGAUCAGUCGCCAACCGUGGAAAGAACAGGAUGUAUCCAUUUGACGUAGGUUUGAAAGAGUGAAAACAGUUGAUGGGAAGAUAACAGAACAGGACGGCCAAUUUAAAAAGACGAGAGAAACGGAUUCUUUACAGCCCGCCAGUGCUGGAGAGAGCCGAACGUGACAAAACUUGAAGAAGACACCAUAGGACAAUGUGCCUGGCCAAUCGCAGAGAGCAUAGCAACCUAAAACUUGGUGACCUUCCCUUAACUCCUUUUUAGAAUCGACUCGCCCAUUUAGAGGUCGAGUAAGGUUUUCUGUAAACUGAAUGGUGAGCUUGCAUGCCUUUUAAAGCAAUAUGAGCAUCCCCCUGCGCCACCCCUUCCCCCAAACAUAACUGGACACUUAUAUGUACAGUAUCAUGUUGGUGAUCUGUCAAUUAUGAGGGAAAGUAAGAACUACUGUUGAGAGAGAUUCACUGUAAUAUUGAAUCGCAAGACAAAUCAAAGCUGCUAUUUUGCCUUGUAUCUAUUUAUGUUUGCCCAAUGGAUGAUAAUGUGCAUAGGAAUGAUUUAAGAGUGUUGGGCCUGACCUAAUGUGAUGUGAUCAUGCUUGAUAUGUCCCCGCUUGGAGGCAAUAAAUGAUAUUUGAAGAGCUAACUCUUCUGUUUCCUGCAGUUAUUCUGACGAGCAUGAUGUGCUUUUUACACUGGUAAAAUUGCAUCACCAUAUAGAAUUCUCCCCUAUGUAGAAGCUAGGGUGAAUGGUGUCCAAAACAGCAGCUAGGGCUGAGUUCAAGAAUAAAUAAGAGUAUCCCCUUCCCCCGCUCUAUGUGCACACACUUAACAUGGCCGAGACUAACGGUUGAGCCUUUUAUACUGAACAACAAAUAAAUGUCAAUCCUACUGAGUUACAGUUCAAUAGUAUGGAGUAUGAAUAAAGUAUUGAGCCAUACUCUAUGGAUUGUCACGAUGACUGGGAAAAUAUAGAUAUGAAUCGAUGUUGGUCAUGGGAUACCUUAACAAAUAAGUUCAGAUGGCAUGGAUCAGAAAACCCGUCAGUAUUCUGGCCCCCUUUGUGACCCACAUUGCCUUCAUGCAGGCGUGAAACAUCUCCUUCGUCAUCUAGAGUUGAUCAGGCUGUUGAUGGGUUUUGACUUUGUGGCGCUGACUGUUGUCCCACUCCCCCCUUCAGAUGGCCUGUGGUGAAGUUGAAGUUUUGCUGGUCCCCCAUAUCGGCGGCCGAACUGGAAAUUCCCCUCCGCGGUCGUACCACGCGAUUUCCCAGAGCCAGACCCAACAACACCGCUCAAUGGGUGACAUUUCUGUGUGUCACGCGCAUGCUCGGGGUAAUAUUAAUGUUGAGCCAGGGGUGUGGAUUUUAGCCACCUGUUUAGUUUCCUUUUUUCAUUGCGUUUUUGUUCUAGAUCAUUUAGUUCUAUCGUGGCAAGCGUGUGGUUCCCAAAGCAGACGACAGCUGUUUAGCUCGUUGUUUGACGUCGGGCGCGCCAUACUUAGGCAGCCUGGUGUGGGGGCAGUUAGGGGUGGGAUCUUGUUCCGGUAAGGUUUGUGUUGUAUAACCUCGGAGCUUCACGUAUCGUUCAUUUGUUGUUUUGGUUCGUGGGUACUAAAUAAAGAAUGUACGAUUAGUCACGCUGCGCCUUGGUGCGCGCGUUCAUCCAGUCGACGAUGACGAGAUUCCCCCGACUCAGGAGGACCAAGCAGAGGUGCCCAGGAGGAGAAGUGAGGGGGCGGGAAUGGCCAGGUGGGCAAGAGGGUGUGUCAUGGGAGGGACAUAUUCGCGGGGCAGGGAAGGCCAUGGGCAAAAGUAAAUGCCCGGGCAGGAUGUAGGAGGAGGGAGAGAGAACGGCCCUGGCCCCAACCGUGCCGACGACGGGACCACGCGGAGAGGCAACGGUUAGGCAAGAGAGAGGGAGCGGAGAGGUUUAUGGGGUGGAACCCCAGGUCCCGCUCCUCGCACCAAAGCAAGGUCGCGACGGUCCGUCCGUUCCUGAUUCCCGCACUAGGCCAGGUGGGCGGUGGUUCCCGGUUACGCCCGGACCUGUUCCUGUCCCCGCACAAGGCUGUGGUGCGCGUCGCGAAGCCCGGUCCGGCCUGUUCAUGCUCCCCGCCACCAAGGCCUGGUUGUGGUGGAGUCGCGGUGAGCGAGGCGCCGGUCCGGACUGUGCCUGGACUCCCCGCACCAAGGACCGUGGUGGGCGAGUCGCCAGGGCCCGGGUCCGGCCUGUGUCCUGCUCCCGAGCCACACCAGAACCAGGGUGCGCGGUUCGCCAGCCCGGUCGGGCUGUCCUGCUCCCCGCAGCCAAGCAGGUGGGGUGCGCGUCGCCAGCCCGGUCCGGCUGUCUUGCGCUGCGCCCGGGCGCCACCAAGCCCGUGGUGCGCGUCCCAGGCGUCCGCACCUGGUUCCUUCUCCCGCCAACCAAGCCAGUGGGUGCGCGCGCCAGCCGGUUCCCGGCCUGCUGUUCCUGGUUGCCCCGCACCAAGCGCCAGGUGGGUUGGGCGCGGUCUCCAGCCGGUCGGGCCGGUGCCUGCUCCCGCGCACAAGCCAGUGGGUGGUGAGCGUGAAGCCGGUCCGGCCGGUUACUUGCCCCCCCGCACCAGAAUCCGGAGUGUGCGGCGUCGCAGAGCACGUCGGUCCGGCCCUGUUCCUGCUACCCGGCACCAAGCCGCACAAGUGGUUGCGCGUCGCAAGGUCCGGGAUGGCCUGUUCCUGCUCCCCGCACCAAAGACAAGUUGGGGUGGCGCGUCGGUCAGCGCCGGUCCGGCCGGUUUCCUGUGUCGCCAGCACCAAGCUAGUGGUAAGCGUCGGUCAGUCCGGCCCGGUCCUGACUGUGGUACCACGGUGCUGGUCCAGCGACCGUCCAGUGCUAGCACUCCGGAGCACGAGCAAUCCGGAUCACCGGUUGUCCAAGUCCAGCUCGCAGGCCAGCAGGGCCGCAGACAAGACCAGUGGGCGAAACGGGGGGGGGGGGGGGGGGGGUAGAGAGAGAGGUGGUGGUCACGACCGGAGCCAAAUCCCACUACGAGGCGGAAUGGCCCACCGCUGGCACAUACCCGUGUGUGUUGGUGUGAGAGCUGGGUUCGCAGUCAGGCAGCCUUGGAGGGGGGGAUACUGUCACGCCAUGGGCUCUGGGGACUUUAAUUGUUGGCCAGGGUGUGAUUGUUCUAUGUUUGGUUCAUUGGUUUUGUGUUCUAGAAUCGUUCCCAAGUUUGAUGGUGUGGCAGGUGUGGUGCGCCAAUAGAGACAGCCAUGCGAGAGAGGACCCUCGUCCCCCCCUAGCCUCGCCCCCUCCGUGUCUCGCCGCCCUCUCGGCCUUGGCUCGCCGCCCUGAGCCUUUCUAUCGUGGGUUCCCCCUCCUCCCUUCUCCUUUUUCCCGACCCCCGCCCUCCCCCUGCGGCUAUCCUUGGCCCCCGGGUGUUGGGUCUCUGAUUGGGGACCAUACUUCCAGGCAGCCACCUUGUGGCCCAUGUUAGGGCCCCUGCCCUGGGAUCUGUUCAGUAAGUUUCCGGUGUCAAUAACCACCUAGGACUUGCACGUAUCUUUUGUUGGGUUUUGGGUCCUGUGUGUGGUACUAAAGACCGAAGAUUAGAUGUACGCUUAUAACGCUGCGGCACUUGUCCGCCCUUAAUCAUGUAUGAAUAUCGUGACAGUGGUUUGAGUCCAUGCAGUGACAUGGAGAAAUGGGGAAAUUUGCAGCUUCCCUGGAAUGGUGUACAGAUCCUUGCGACCAUGGGGCGGCCGUCCCGUGCAAUUGGGACGUCGCGAGUAUCACAUUCUGACGCCUGUUAAGGUGGACAGUAUCAUGGUUCUGCUGCAGUUCGUGACAUGUCAAUUAUGAGAAAGAUAAUGAAAAGCUCCUGUGAAAGAGAUGCUGUUAGAUAUUGACGUGGAAGAAUCAAAAGCUGUAUUUUGCCGGUAUCUAUGUUACUCUCUUGCCAAUGGGAUGACCGAAUGUGCCAUGGGCACUGAAACUGGAGAGGUUGAUAGUGAUGUGAUCCCAGUGUGAAUCGUGACUGGAGCAAGUAAAUGACUAUUUGAAGUACGCACUUCUGGGUUGUCCAGCGCUAUUUGAAGUGCGGUGCUAUCAAGUCGCAUUGAUGAGAUGCAUCACUCUAUAGGAAUUUCCUCCCGAGAUGUGAAAGGCAAGGUGAAUUCCAAGAAGCCACUAGCCAGGGGUGUUGCCCAGCUUCCAAAAUAAAUCUAAUUCCUCGCAUCCUAGUUCCCAUAAAAUGGCGCAUAGACUCGACAGUUGAGCCUUUUAAGAUGAACAUAAAUAUAUAUUUCGUUUUCAACAUAGCUGAGUACAGCUUCAUAUAAGGAAAGCAAUAAAGGUGGAUUGUGAUCAUAGACAUAUUCUACAAAUAUAUACCAGGUUUUUUUAACAGUGAUGACUAAAUGUUCCACGCCUUAAAUAUAGCCUUUGUGAAAGCUUCUUUUGUUUUAGGUAUGAUUAGUACUUUCUUAGGCGGGAAUGUUAUUAAACUCCCGAAACUGUGUGAAAAUGUUUGUUAGAAUCUUAAGACUUAUAGAAAACUGAUCAUAUGUGUAGCUUGAGUUCAGGCUGCUUCAGUUGAUCCGACAAAUGAGGGGCAGUCAGGAAUAUUGUGAGAAAGGCGAUAAAACUUAGGAAUGCCAGAUAGUAGACUAGUGAUAAGAACAUGUGUGUGUAUUGUAUGUGUUGUUUUGUGUGUGUAUGUGUGUUGUGUGAGUGGACCUGAUGGUCAGGAGAGCGUUUUCAGUGGCACAAAUUUCUACGACCCGGACUAAAUAGGGGUCUGGGAUCCCUUUUGAUGUAUGAGUGUGUGCGUUAUAAGAAACUAUUCUGUGUCUUCAUUGACCAUUUGUGGCAGACCUUAUGAACUUGCCAUAUUGACCAAAGAUCUCUGUACCCUACUGACAGUUGACCGCGGACUCGUCCAUUCUUGAUCCAAUAAGCAUUACAAAUUUGGGACGCAGAGCCACUGAAAUAGUUAGUUCAAUACAUGAAUUCUGUCAGACAAUCAGGCCCUAAUCUGAUGGGAUUUCACGAUGGAUGGGAAUACAGAUCUGCAUCGGUUGGUGCAUGGAUACCUUAUCAAAAAAGUUAAGGGCAUGGAUGUCAACGGUGUGAACAAAGUGUUGCCCAAUGGUGGCAGGUGGGGUGCUAUGGUAUGGGCCGGAUAAGACAGGACGGACAACAAACACAAUUGCAUUUUAUUGAUGGCAAUUUGAAUGCCACAGAAUACCGUGUGACAUCCUGAGGCCAAAUUGUCGUUGCCAUUCAUCACCUCAUGUUUCAGAGAUGGAUAAUGCACACCAUGGGCCAGAGGAUCUGACACGAAUUCAUGGAAGCGAAGUGAACAUUUCCCAGGUCUCCUGGCCUGUGCAUCCUCACCCAGACAUGGUGUCACACAUUGAGAAUGGUUGGGCUGCUCGGAGUCGACGGUACGAAAGCGUGGUCUGUUGUUUUCACAAGUUCCCACCAAUAUCACAAGUAACCUUCGACACAACCGAUUUGAAGAGGAAAGGGGGGGGUUUUUUUUGCGGAGCACAAUUCAACAUGGGCAACAAUCACAGGCGUGAUCAUCUCUAUGAGAAGGAGGAGGAGGGGAGUGUGUCACGGCUGGCAUGAGGCACAGGGUGGUCCGGCACCACAGGCCCUACUUUUCUUUUAGGGAUCUUGUGUGACCUGAACAGAGGCAUAUCUCUAUUCGCCGUCAUGUGAAAUCCAUCGAUUAGGGCAUAAGUAAUUAUGUUAAAUUGAAGCUCUAUGAACUGUUAACUCACGUAAAAGUUUGAAAUGUUGCAUGUUGCAUUUAUGAUUUGUGUCAGUGAUAACACUUGAGUGCACAAAACAUUAAGAACCCCCAGCCCCCAACGUCCCCCCAAAAAGAAAAACUCCCUAAACCAGACCCCACUGUCACCCCUAAAGAGGAGACAUCCCCAAAACCAGACCCCACUGUCACCCCUAAAGAAGAAAUAUCCUCUAAACAAGACCCCACUUUCACCCCUAAAAAGGAGACAUCCCCAAAACCAGACCCCACUGUCACCCCUAAAGAAGAAAUAUCCUCUAAACCAGACCCCACUGUCACCCCUAAAGAGGAGACAUCCCCUAAACCAGACCCCACUGUCACCCCUAAAGAAGAAACAUCCCCUAAACCUGACCCCAUUGUCACCCCUAAAGAGGAGAUCUCCCAUAAACCAGACCCCACUAUCACCCCUAAAGAACAAACAUCCCCUAAACCAGACCCCACUGUCACCCCUAAAGAACAAAUAUCCUCUAAACCAGACCCAACUGUCACCCCUAAAGAGGAAACAUCCCCUAAACCAGACCCCACUGUCACUCCUAAAGAUGAAAUAUCCUCUAAACCAGACCCCAAUGUUGCCCCUAAAGAUGAAAUAUCUUCUAUACCAGACCCCAUUGUCACCCCUGAAGAAGAAACAUCCCCGAAACUAGACCCCACUGUCACCCCUAAAGAACAAACAUCCCCUAAACCAGACCCCACUGUCACCCCUAAAGAAGGAACAUCCCCUAAACCAGACCCCACUGUCACCCCUAAAGAAGAAACAUCCCAUAAACCAGACCCCACUGUCACCCCUAAAGAAGAAACAUCCCCUAAACCAGACCCCACUGUCACCCCUAAAGAAGGAACAUCCCCUAAACCAGACCCCACUGUCACCCCUAAAGAAGAAACAUCCCAUAAACCAGACCCCACUGUCACCCCUAAAGAGGAGACAUCCCCUAAACCAGACCCCACUGUCACCCCUAAAGAAGAAACAUCCCCUAAACCAGACCCCACUGUCACCCCUAAAGAAGAAACAUCCCCUAAACCAGACCCCACUGUCACCCCUAAAGAGGAGACAUCCCCAAAACCAGACCCCAAUUUCACCCCUAAAGAAGAAACAUCCCCUAAACCAGACCCCACUGUCAACCCUAAAGAGGAGGCAUCACCUAAACCAGACCCCACUGUCACCCCUAAAGAAGAAACAUCCCCUAAACCAGAACUAUCUGUCACCCCUAAAGAGGAGACAUCCCCUAAACCAGACCCCUCUGUCUACCCUAAAGAAGAAACAUCCCCUAAACCAGAACUAUCUUUCACCCCUAAAGAGGAGACAUCCCCUAAACCAGACCGCACUGUCACCCCUAAAGAAGAAACAUCUUCUAAACCAGACCCCACUGUCACCCCUAAAGAAGAAACAUCCCCUAAACCAGACCCCACUGUCACCCUAGAAUCAACAACCACCCAUAAACCAGACUCAACCCUCACCCCAGAAUCAUCGACCACCCCUAAACCAGACUCAACCCUCACCCCAGAAUCAACGACCACCCCUAAACAAGACUCAACCCUCACCCCAGAAUCAACAACCUCCCCUAAACCAGACUCAACGCUCACCCCAGAAUCAACAACCACCCCUAAACCAGACUCAAACCUCACCCCAGAAUCAACAACCACCCCUAAACCAGACUCAUUCCUCACCCCAGAAUCAACGACCACCCCUAAACCAGACUCAACCCUCACCCCAGAAUCAACGACCACCCCUACAGAAGAGAGUGAAACGAUCAACAGCGGUGACAAAGCUAAGACAAUCACACCACCAGAGAAACAGGUGUCUGCAUUUGCAGAGAGCAUGGAUUCACACAGGGAGGUGCCAGAGAGCAAGACAACUCAGGAGAAACCAGAGGAAAGUAUGGCCAAAGAGCCUGAGAAGGUUACAGAUCCCAAAGAUGAAACCCCAAAGACAGAGAGCGUGAAGACCAAGUCCUCUGAGUUAAAACCUGAACAUGUGGCGAUAUCUAUUACAAAGACAUCUCCAGUGAAAGAACAGGAUGUAUCAGACGUAGGUUUGAAAGAGAAAACAGUUGAUGGGAAGAUAACAGAACAGGCGCAAUUUAAAAUAGACGAGAACGGCUUUACAGGAGGUGAUGGAGAGAGCAAAGAUGACACAACUUUGAAGAAGACAACAGGACAAGAUGCUGAGCCAAUCGCAGAGAUGCAAGCUAAACCUAAAACUUGGGACUUAACCUCUUUUUAGAAUGACUAGAUUUAGAGGUCAGUAGAGGUUUCUGUAAAACUGCAUGGUUAGUGCAAGCCUUUAAAGCAAUAUGAGCACUGCUCCACCUUAAGAAAUUAACUGACACUUAAUAUGUACAGUAUCAUGGUUCGUGACUGUCAAUUAUGAGGCACAGUUAAUGAACUCCUGUGAGAGAGAUGCACUGUAAUAUUGAAUGUAACAAAUCAAAAGCUGUAUUUUGCUGUAUCUAUUUACUUCUGCCCAAUGGAUGAUAAUGUGCAUAGGAAUGAUAAUGUGAAUGGUUGGUAAUGUGAUUUGAUCAUGCUUGAAUGUGCUGAGCAAUAAAUGCUAUUUGAAGAGCACUUCUGUUUCCAGCUAUUCUGACAUGCUGUGCUGUAUUUCGCCUGAUAAAAUGCAUCACAUAUAGAAUUUCUCCACUAUGUGGAAGCUGGGUGAAUUCCAACAGCACUAGGCUGAGUUCAAAAUAAAUAAAUAUCCCCUUCCCCCGCAUCCUAUUUCCCCAUAACAUGGCAGAGACUCACGGUUGAGCCUUUUAUAUUGAACAACAAUAUAAAUGCAACAUACUGAGUUACAGUUCAUAUAAGGAUAUGAAUAAAUGUAUUAGGCCCUAAUCUAUGGAUUUCACAUGACUGGGAAUAUAGAUAUGCAUCGGUUGGUCAUUGAUACCUUAACAAAUAAGUUAGUGGCAUGGAUCAGAAAACCCGUCAGUAUCUGGUGUGACCACCAUUUGCCUCAUGCAGCGUGACACAUCUCCUUCGCAUAGAGUUGAUCAGGCUGUUGAUUGUGGCCUGCUGAAUGUUGUCCCACUCCUCUUCAAUGGCUGUGUGAAGUUGCUGGACAUUGGCGGGAACUGGAACACGCGGUCGUACACGUCGAUCCAGAGCAUCCCAAACACGCUCAAUGGGUGACAUGUCUGGUGAGUAUGCAGGCCAUGGAAGAACUGGGCAAUUUUCAGCUUCCUGGAAUUGUGUACAGAUCCUUGCGACAUGGGGCCGUGCAUUAUCAUUCUGACGCUUUAUAUGUACAGUAUCAUGGUUCGUGACUGUCAAUUAUGAGGCACAGAUAAUGAACUCCUGUGAAAGAGAUGUACUGUAAUAUUGAAUGUAAAAAUCAAAAGCUGUAUUUUGCUGUAUCUAUUUACUUCUGCCCAAUGGAUGAGAAUGUGCAUAGGAAUGAUACUGUGAAUGGUUGAUAAUGUGAUUUGAUCAUGCUUGAAUGUGCUGAGCAAUAAAUGCUAUUUGAAGAGCACUUCUGUUUCCAGCUAUUCUGACAUGCUGUGCUAUAAGUCGCCUGAUGAGAUGCAUCACAUAUAGAAUUUAUCCCCUAUGUGAAAGCAAGGUGAAUUCCAAAAGCACUAGGCUGAGUUCAAAAUAAAUCUCCCUUCCUCCGCAUCCUAUUUCCCCAUAACAUUUACAUUUUAGUCAUUUAGCAGACGCUCUUAUCCAGAGCGACUUACAGUUAGUGAAUACAUCUUUUUUUUUUUUUUUUUUUUUUUUUUUUUUUUUUUUUUAACAUGGCAUAGACUCACGGUUGAGCCUUUUAUACUGAACAAAUGUAUAAACGCAACAUACUGAGUUACAGUUCAUAUAAGGAAAUCAAUAAAUGUAUUAGUGAUAUAGAAAUUAAAAUAUACACAGGUUAAAAGUAAUGACUAAAUGUUCCACCCUUAAAUAUAGUUGUGAAAUGUUCUUGUUUUAAGUAUGAUUAGUACUUUGUUAGUAGUGACUAAUUAUUACAAUCCGAAACUGUGUGAAAAGUGUUACAAUCAUAAGACUAUAAACUGAUAAUAUGUGUAGCUUAGUUAGAAGUACAAUGAGGCAGUCAGAAUAUUGUGAGAACGGCGAUAACUGAGGAAUGCAGAGAGUAGACUAUGAUAAGAACAUGUGUGUGUAUGUAUGUGUGUUUAUGUGUAUGUGUGUGUGUGUGUGUGUGACCUGAUGGUCAGGAGAGCAGUUUUCAAGUGGAAAACUACGACCCGCCUAAAUAGGGGUGGGAUUUUUGUAUGAUGUGUGCGUAUAAGAAUAUUGUAUGACCAUUUUGUGGCAGAAUUCUCAAUGAAUAAAGAUCUCUGACUAUGCAGACCGGGACUCUGUCCGUUUCUUGAUCCAAAAGCAUUACAACAUUUUGGGAGACGCACAGAGACACUGAAAUAGUUAGUUAAAUAAUUCUCAUAACAAUUAGGCCCUAAUCUGUGGAUUUCACAUGACUGGGAAUACAGAUAUGCAUCUGUUGGUCAUGGAUACCUUAUCAAAAAAGUUAAGGGCAUGGAUGUCAACGGUGUGAACAAAGUGCCCCAUGGUGGCGGUGGGGUUAUGGUAUGGGCAGGCAUAAGCUUCGGACGACAACAAACACAAUUGCAUUUUAUUGAUGGCAAUUUGAAUGCACAGAGAUACCGUGAUGACAUCCUGAGGCCCAUUGUCGUGCCAUUCAUCACCUCAUGUUUCAGCAUGAUAAUGCACGGCCCCAUGUUGCAAGGAUCUGUACACAAUUCCUGGAAGCUGAACAUUUCCAAGUUCUUCCAUGGCCUGCAUACUCACCAGACAUGUCACACAUUGAGCAUGGUUGGGAUGCUCUGGAUCGACGUGUACGAAAGCGUGUUCCUGUUCCCACCAAUAUCCAUUAACGUCGCACAACCAUUGAAGAGGAGUGGGACAAAAUUCAACAGGCAACAAUCAACAGGCUGAUCAUCUCUAUGAGAAGGAGAUGUGUCACGCUGCAUGAGGCAAAUGGUGGUCCGAUCCACGCCCCUACUUUUCUUUUAAGGUAUCUGUGACCAACAGAUGCAUAUCUCUAUUCCCAGUCCUGUGAAAUCCAUAGAUUAGGGCCUAAGUAAUUUAUUUAAAUUGACUCUAUGAACUGUAACUCAGUAAAAUGUUUGAAAUUGUUGCAUGUUGCAUUUAUAUUUUUGUUCAGUGUAUAUACACUGAGUGCACAAAACAUUAAGAACACCUUCUCUUUCCAUGACAUAGAAUGACCAGGUGAAUCCAGGUGAAAGCUAUGAUCCCCUAUUGAUGUCACCUGUUAAAUCCACUUCAAACAGUGUAAAUGAAGGGGAGGAGACAGGUUAAAGAAGGAUUUUUAAGCUUUGAGACAAUUGAGACAUGGAUUGUGUAUGUGUGCCAUUCAGAGGGUGAAUGGGCAAGACAAAACAUUUAAGUGCCUUUGAAAGGGGUAUGGUAGUUCGUAUCAGGCGCACCAGUUUGAGUUUGUCAAGAACUGCAACGCUGCUGGGUUUUUCACGCUCAACAGUUUCCCUUGUGUAUCAAGAAUGGUCCACCACCCAAAGGACAUCCAGCCAUCUUGACGCAACUGUGGGAAACAUUGGAGUCAACAUGGGCCAGCAUCCCUGUGGAACGCUUUCGACACCUUGUAUAGUCGAUACCCCGACGAAUUGAGUGCAACUCAAUAUUAGGAAGGUGUUCCUAAUGUUUUGUACAGUCAGUGCAUAUACUGAGUGACUUUCACCUGGUCUAAAAGCACUUUAUCUACACCUUUUUGGUAUAGGGGGUUAUGGCAGUUAGGGGCUACAAGUUAAAUAUUACAAUGCCCCGAAAUUAUAAACAUGUUGCCUAUGAAAUGUGUUAAAAUAUGUGAAUCACUGAGUAUCCUAUUCUAACAUACAUCUAUCAAGUGACAUGGAGUUAAUUUAGUGCUUAUUUUUGUGAUGAUACACAAUUUUACAAUAAAAAAUAUGUUUGCUGAAACAUUGCUUUGUUUUCUAUUUAAUACUCUCUCCAUAGAGGUUUUCAUGUCUGAUCAAGAGUGUAAAUAUCAUAUUCUGAUAUCAUAUUCAUAUGAUUCAUUCAAAUACAUCAUUGAUUUCUGUGAGCAACCUACCGUAUACUGCUUGUAGUGGGGUGUGAAUGAAGGCUGUAACACUGGAACACAUCCAGGCCAUUUGCUUGUUUUCUGGCUUUUCAGCCAAGCAGACCCAUGCAUUUUCCUCAUGUAGACAUUAGUAAAAAGGUGCAAGAUUACAGGGCAACUCCACCCCUUUUCAAGCUCAUUUUCACAGGUUUGGUGCUGGAGAUGAUGAAUGUGAGGUUGAAAAGUGGCUGGAAUGCCCUUUAAAAGUGCUGCUUGACUGAGAAAUGGGAGUAGUUAUGUCUAGGCUUAGGGUCAUUCUUAAUUACUAUUUUACACUUGCAUUACAGUCUCUUGUAUACAGUAAUAUACAGUUCUAUUACAAGGCAAGCAUAUUCAGCCAAACCAGAAUUUGCAGCCCCUUUCGAUAAUAUCAAGAAAAUCAUCAAAACAAGGAAAGCCCCUUGGAUAAAACAAUAGUCUGAACACCGGACAAUUUAUUGAAAACAUAUGACUUAUAAUUUUGAGGCGACAUUGUUGACUGCCGAAGUUUCAAAGUGAAAUGAUCUCCUAUGCGUAACUGCUGUCUGCGACAAAACGAUGAGGGAGAGAGAGAGAAAGAUAGAGAGAGAGACAGGGAGGACAGGUUAAGACGCGCGCGUUGGCAGACAGUCAAGCCAACAGCUGAUUCUAUACAUUUUCAGCACUAUGGACAGUUCUAUUCUGCAGCCCGAGCAGACUGAGGGGGUAUAAAAGGUAGGAGCCGCGCUGCUUAGCCUGCACACCAACACGGCUGAGUCUACUGAGACAAUAUGAGCCACAGAAUGGAGUAUCCUUCGGGUUCUCCGCAUAGGGGAGCUCAAUCUGAGUAUUCCCGCUAUCAACCCAAACUGACUGGAUCCCCCUCUGCGUCCAGGACCGUUGGCUUUGAGUCGACUACCGCAUCUAUGAACAGAGGAUAUGCGACGACGCUGAAGAACGAAUUCGGAUCCGUUCCGAGAUCAUCGGAGAGCUUUUUUGAUUUCUCAAACCAAUUUACCGGGGUGUUGACGAAAAUGAAUGAGAAAGAACUGCUCCAUGGGCUGAACGACCGUUUCGCCGGAUUCAUAGAGAAGGUGCGUCAUUUGGAGCAUCAAAAUGAAUUGCUCGAGAGGGAAAUCGAGGAAAUCAAACAGAAGGCACAGUCCCCUGCGUCUCUGGCCCAUGAGCACGAGCCGGAGCUUAUGGAUCUGAGGAAACGAGUUAAUGACAUCACCCUUCAGAAGCGUCAGAUCGAGAUAGAGCAUCAGAACCUGGAGGAAGAUUUCCUCACCUUGAGAGACAAGUACGAGCAGGAGGCGCGUGACCGCUCGGACGCAGAGAACGGCAUCCUUGUGCUGAAAAAGGACGCCAACGAUGCAUACCUCGCCAAACUUCAGUUGGACAAGAAAGCGCAGUCUCUAGUGGACGAGAUCCACUUCCUGAAGAAGAACCAUGAGGACGAGGUAUCGGAGAUGGUGGCCAAGAUCCAAGAGGCUCAGGUAACGGUCAAGGCGCACGACUUUGGCAAACCCGAAAUCACUGCGGCUCUCCGGGACAUCCGUGCACAGUUAGAAGGUCACGCUGCCUCCGACAUUCAGCAGGCGGAGGAGGGCUUCCGUGUCCAGUUCGCAAAGUUAACCAAAGCGGCAGAGAGCAACAGAGAGGCGCUGAAGGCGACCCAGCAGGAGAUCCAGGAGAAUAGAAGGUGCCUGCAGGGAAAAAAUAUUGAACUGGACUGCGGGAAAGGAACGAGAGAGGCCCUGGAAAAACAACUACAACACGACUGGAAGAGCGUCACUAUGUGGGAAAUGAUUCAUACCCAUGUAGGCUGUGGUUUAUUUUGUACCUCUAAUCAUUGUAAAUAACAUACGCUUUUUAUGAUUCAUAUUUGUAUUCAGGCCUAUGUUGUGGGUGUCGGCCACAAAUAUAGCCCCAUGUGAACUAUACCAUUAUUGGAAUAUAAUUCUCAUAUAGGCCUAUAGGGGUAGAACAUUAAUUAAAAACAAAAAAAAAAAAAACAAAAGAAAAAAAACCAAAAACAACACAAGCCGAAAACACAAACAAUAAAAAAUAGACACAAAAAACAAACAAAAAAAACACAUAAAAAGGAAAAAUAAAAAAGACACACAAAAAGAAACAAAAAAAACGAAAAAAAAAAAAAAAGAAAAAUAAACCACCCCACCCCACCCACACCCCCCCCGCCCCCCCCACCCCCCCCCCCCCCCCCCCCCCCCCCCCCCCGCCAACCACCCCCCCACAACCCUCCCCACCACCAGGUACCCCCACCCCUAAAUUUCUCCCGUGUCAUACCAACCAAAGUGGCGGUGGACACUAUUAUUUGACUCUAUGUGUGCUUUUUCUGUCCAGGACACUAUCAGGCAGCUGGAGAAAUGAGCUGACCACUGCUAAAACUAGACAUGUAUGGCUACUGCGAGAAAGUACCAGGACCUGCUUGAAUGGCAAAAUGGCUUGGAUGUGGAGCAUUCUCUCUUACAGGUAAGAGACAUCAACUCCAUCUCUCCCAUAUAUAAUAUCAUUGACUGAGGAAAAUACCAUAUAUUUUAUAGUGUGUUCCUGGAUCUUUUUCUGAGGAUAACCAAGGGGUGUGCAUUUUAUUCUAGCCCAGCACUAACACAUCUGAUUAAACUUAGAGCUGGGUUAGAGCAAAACUGUGCAAAAGUGUCAUAGUGUUAGUGAGGGAUUACUACAAAACACAGUAAAUAGUGAACAAUGAAGAAAGACCAAUCAAAUUAAACAGUAGACAUUUUAUUGAAAUAGUUUGAUUUCAUAUUUAACCUCAAAUGACCACAGACCAUAUCACAACACAGAAUGACACUUUAAUCAUACUAUGGAUAAUCAGACACAUCCACACACAUUGGUAGCGUCGCAAGCCGCCUGAUCUGGCGAGCUCACAUGGAUGUGCACAGCGGUGAUCAGUCUGGUAUUUACGAGGCUAACACAUUGGGACAUAUCCAUAUUAUAGUCAUGACGGUAAUAACAGGUAUUUCUGUCUCCCUAUAGGAAACUCCUGGAGGGUGAGGAGUCCCGUCUGUACACCAUCUCUGACACCCACAUCUCCAUGCCCUGCAUCUACAACCAGCCCCCCGUCUACACCCUGCCUUGCCUGGCCCGGCAGGGAGGUCCCACACGCAGAUCUGUGCCCCAGUACAAGUUUGUAGAGGAGAUCAUAACUGAGACCACCAGAGAGGUGGAGAUGUCCGAGAUCGAGGAGACAGGCUCCGAGGAGACAGGCUCAGAGGAGACAGGCUCCGAGGAGACGGUCGGGGGACAGGGAGAGGAGCUGAGACAGAAGCAGGGAGAAGAGCGUGACAAAGCUGAUAGGAGGAGUGGGGAAGAGGAGGAUGAAGAGAAAGAGAAAGAUGGAAGUAAAGUGGAUCUUGAAGUGGACGCCCCAGAGGAAAAGGGUGAACAGGAGGAAGAGUCUAAGAGACAGCAGAUGGAAACAUCAGCAGAGGUAGCGAUGAAUGGAGAUGGAGUUAACCCUAGCGAGGGAGAAGAUGGAGAGGAAGGAGAUGACGAAAGAGAGGAGGAAAAGGGGGAUGAGCCAGAUGAAGUAAAAAAGACAGAGGACAUUGACAGAGGUGAAAAAACACCAAGUGAAGUCAAAUCAGCUGAGGCCACCCGUAAGGGAGAGAAGGAAAAACUGGACACAACCGAGGAGCUAGACACCAAGAAAAAGGAGACAUUAGAAAAAGAUGACGCCCCAAAACAUGACGAGUCCAAACCAGAGGUUCCCAUGAACGGUGACAGCUCAACAGAACCCAAAACAGGAAGUUCAAUAAAGGGUGAACCACAGGUCCCCAUGGAGGACAUCUCCAAAGAAUCCAAAAAGGUGUCAGAGGAGAGAAAAAAAGAAAGUCAUUUAAAAGAGAAAAAAGAGAUAGAUCUGAAAGAGGAGAGUGCCUCAACAGAGCAACAGCAGGAUAGCCCAAAAGAAAGUCCCAUCAAAGAGAGAAAAGAGGUAGAUAUGACAGAGCAGAGUGCCCCAACACUGGAGCAGAAACGUGAUCAGAAGGAGCACAGAGAGUCAGACCAACCUCAAGAGGUAGAGAGUGCUGUGACAACACAAGAGGCAGAGUGCGAUGUGAGAACACAAGAAGAGGAUCUCCCUGAGACCACAGAGAAGGACAUGGAAUCCCCUGAUAUCACUGCAGAGCUGAAGAGCAGUUCAACCAAAGCGGCAGUGGAGCAGGUGAAGUCACCAGAUGAUUCUGGUGUAAAAACGACACAGGAUGACACAACAGUAGGAGGUAAAAUUCCAGACGGAAUUCCCAGCACAACAAGUGAGUGGAAGGAAGAGCAUGUGCCAAUGAUUCCUGGAAAGGAGGUGGGUCCGAAAGAGCCAAACGUGGGCAACAAGGAUGAUAGUGUAAAAAAGGUUGAGCUGAAUGAAUCGAAUGGCAGUGAAAAUUUCACAAAAGAUGUCUCAACAGCUGAGGAAAAAGUGAAAGAAUCUGAGACAUCCCCUAAACCAGACAAAACCGUCACCCCAAAAGAAGAAACAUCCCCUAAACCAGAGCCAACAUUCACCCAUAAAGAGGAGACAUCCCCUAAAGCAGACCCCACUGUCACCCCUAAAGAGGAGACAUCCCCUAAACCAGACCCCACUGUCACCCUUAAAAAGGAGACAUCCCCAAAACCAGACCCCACUGUCACCCCUAAAGAGGAGACAUCCCCUAAACCAGACCCCACUGUCACCCCUAAAGAAGAAAUAUCCUCUAAACCAGACCCAACUGUCACCCCUAAAGAGGAAAUAUCCCCAAAAACAGACCCCACUGUCACCCCUAAAGAAGAAACAUCCCCUAAACCAGACCCCACUGUCACCCCUAAAGAGGAGACAUCCCUUAAACCAGACCCCACUGUCACCCCUAAAGAAGGAACAUCCCCUAAACCAAACCCCACUGUCACUCCUAAAGAGGAGACAUCCCCUAAACCAGACCCCACUGUCACCCCGAAAAAAGAAACAUCCCCUACCCCAGAACCCACUGUCACCCCUAAAGAAGAAACAUCCCCUAAACCAGACCCCACUGUCACCUCUAAAGAGGAGACAUCCCCUAAACCAGACCCCACUGUCACCCCUAAAGAAGGAACAUCCCCUAAACCAGACCCCACUGUCACCCCUAAAGAACAAACAUCUCCUAAACCAGAACCCACUGUCACCCCUAAAGAGGAAACAUCCCCUAAACCAGACCCCACUGUCAUCCAUAAAGAACAAACAUCCCCUAAACCAGACCCCACUGUCACACCAAAAGAGGAAAUAUCCUCUAAACCGGACCCAACCACCACCCCUAAAGUAAAAACGUCCCCUAAACCAGACCCAACCAUCACCCCUAAAGAGGAAAUAUCCCCAAAACCAGACCCCACUGUCACCCCUAAAGAAGAAACUUCCCCUAAACCAGACCCCACUGUAACCCCUAAAGAGGAGACAUCCCCUAAACCAGACCCCACGGUCACCCCCUAAAGAAGGAACAUCCCCUAAACCAAACCCCACUGUCACUCCUAAAGAGGAGACAUCCCCUAAACCAGACCACACUUUCAACCAUAAACAGGAGACAUCCCCUAAACCAGACCCCACUGUCACCGCUAAAAAGGAGACAUCCCCAAAACCAGACCCCACUGUCACCCCUAAAGAGGAGACAUCCCCUAAACCAGAACCCACUGUCACCUCUAAAGAGGAGACAUCCCCUAAACCAGACCCCACUGUUACCCCUAAAGAAGGAACAUCCCCUAAACCAGACCCCACUGUCACCCCUAAAGAAGAAACAUCCCAUAAACCAGACCCCACUGUCACCCCUAAAGAGGAGACAUCCCCUAAACCAGACCCCACUGUCACCCGUAAAGAGGAGACAUCCCCUAAACCAGACCCAACUGUCACCCCUAAAGAAGAAACAUCCCCUAAACCAGAACUAUCUGUCACCCCUAAAGAGGAGACAUCCCCUAAACCAGACCCCUCUGUCUACCCUAAGGAAGAAACAUCCCCUAAACCAGAACUAUCUGUCACCCCUAAAGAGGAGACAUCCCCUAAACCAGAACCCACUGUCACCCCUAAAGAAGAAACAUCCCCUAAACCAGACCGCACUGUCACCACUAAAGAGGAAACAUCCCCUAAACGAGACUCCACUGUCACCCCUAAAGAAGAAACAUCCCCUAAACCAGACCCCACUGACACCCCUAAAGAAGAAACAUCCCCUAAACCAGACCCUACUGUCACCCCAGAAUCAACAACCACCCAUAAACCAGGCUCAACUCUCACCCCAGAAUCAACGACCACCCCUAAACCAGACUCAACCCUCACCCCAGAAUCAACGACCACCCCUAAACCAGACUCAAUCCUCACCCCAGAAUCAACGACCACCCCUACAGAAGAGAGUGAAACGAUCAGCAGUGGUGACAAAGCUAAGACAAUCACACCACCAGAGAAACAGGUGUCUGCAGUUGCAGAGAGCAUGGAUUCACACAGGGAGGCGCCAGAGAGCAACACAACUCAGGAGAAACCAGAGGAAAGUAUGGCCAAAGAGCCUGAGAAGGUUACAGAUCCCAAAGAUGAAACCCCAAAGACAGAGAGCGUGAAGACCAAGUCCUCUGAGUUAAAACCUGAACAUGUGGAGAUAUCUAUUACAAAGACAUCUCCAGUGAAAGAACAGGAUGUAUCAGACGUAGGUUUGAAAGAGAAAACAUUUGAUGGGAAGAUAACAGAACAGGCGCAAUUUAAAAUAGACGAGAACGGCUUUACAGGAGGUGAUGGAGAGAGCAAAGAUGACACAACUUUGAAGAAGACAACAGGAUAA